UGCUCGGUCUCCAAGAGUGGUUUGCUGUGGUCCCAUUGGCGCAGGUGAUCCGUCUCGGGAUGAGAGAGAGGAGAGAGUGGCGGCGAGGGGAAGAGAGGUGAAAGCUCGGAUGGAGAAGUGUCCAGGCAGGGCUAGGUUUGAAUUCAGAAAGGGUACCGGCCGCCUCCAACCUCCUCUGGAACACUCGACGAUGAGAGCUUCACCGAAAGGGGCACUUUGAGAUACGAUGAGGUUCAUUUCCGCUCGGGAAUAGUACUAUGAUUUGGUAUGUGGCCACUUUGAUAGCAAGUGUAAUCAGCACCCGAGGAACAGCCGCUCAAGGUACCCACGGAGUGCGAGAGGAGCCACAGUUUGUGACAGCACGUGCAGGGGAGAACAUCAUACUGGGAUGCGAUGUGUCCCACCCUUUGAACGGCCAGCCGUACGUGGUGGAGUGGUUCAAAUAUGGAAUGCCAAUCCCCUUCUUCAUCAACUUUCGGUUUUAUCCUCCUCAUGUGGACCCAGAGUAUGCUGGCCGGGCCAGUCUAUAUGGCAAGUCCUCCCUACGGAUAGAAAAUGUUCGUUCAGACGACCAGGGCUGGUAUGAGUGUAAGGUGCUGAUGCUGGAGCAGCAGUAUGAUACGUUCUUCAAUGGCAGUUGGGUGCAUCUAACCGUCAACGCCCCUCCCGCAUUCACAGAUACGCCAGCUCAGUACGUUGAGGCCAAGGAGGGAGGACGCAUCAUUUUGACCUGCAUUGCGUUUGGCAACCCCAAACCCUCGGUCAGCUGGUUGCGGGAAGGCAACCUUCUCGUCUCCAGUGCAAAGUAUAAGGUAUUUGAUGGGAGCUUGACAGUGCAAUCUAUCACCCGUGAGGAUCGUGGUGCCUAUACAUGUCGAGCCUUUAGCCCCCAAGGAGAGGCCAUUCACACAACACGGCUGCUAGUUCAAGGCCCUCCGUUCAUUGUAUCACCACCAGACAACAUUACAGUGAACAUCUCACAGGACGCCUUCUUCACUUGCCAGGCGGAAGCAUACCCCCGGAACUUGACCUACACCUGGUUCUGGGAGGAAGACAAUGUCUUUUUCAAGAACGAUCUAAAGCGCAGGGUCAGUGUUCUGAUCGACGGCUCCCUUAUCAUUGCCCAAGUCAAGCCAGAGGAUGCUGGGAAAUAUACUUGUGCUCCAAGCAACAGCCUUGGCCUACCACCGAAUGCCUCUGCCUACCUGACUGUGCAAUAUCCUGCCCGUGUUGUAAACAUGCCAUCUGUACUCUACGUGGCCAUUGGUCUGCCGGGCUUUAUCCGAUGUCCUGUUGAUGCCAACCCACCUGUAACUUUGGUUAAGUGGAAGAAAGAUGGUCUCCCUCUCCGGAUAGAUAAGUACCCUGGUUGGAGCCAAAUGGACGAUGGGAGCAUCCGUGUGGCAGAGGUGACAGAGGACUCUCUCGGCACCUAUACCUGCAUGCCUUACAAUGCCCUGGGUUCCAUGGGAUGGUCCCCUCCCGCUCCCCUGGUGCUAAAGGACCCUCCCAAAUUCUCAGUGGUACCUGGAGGGGAGUACAGACAGGAGGCUGGGAGAGAGCUGGUUAUCCCGUGCGAGGCAGACGGUGACCCUUUUCCCAAUAUAACAUGGAGGAAGGUCGGAAAGCCCACUAAAAGCAAGCACAACGUUCUGCCUCGAGGCAGCUUACAGUUUAAGUCACUUACAAAGGAGGACCAUGGUGAAUGGGAGUGUGUUGCCACCAACGUUGCUACAAGCAUCACUGCCAGCACUCAUGUCCAAGUCAUGGGCACAAGCCCCCACGCCCCCACCAGCGUCCAUGUGGUAGCAUCCUCCACCUGGGCCAAUGCGUCGUGGGAGGUGGGCUACGACGGGGGUUUCCAGCAGGCAUUAUCAGUCUGGUACGGCCAUGUGCUGAAAAGGGAGCGUUUAGGUCCACAUGACUGGCUCUCGAUACCUGUGCCAGGAGGCCAGGAGUGGAUGGUGGUGCCUGGCUUGGAGCCCGAGACAACAUACCAGUUCAGCAUCCUAACCCAAAACAAGCUUGGCACAGGACCCUUCAGCGAGGUUGUCACUGUGAACACAUUAGUAUUUCCUAUAAGUACCCCUGAACCACUGGUGCUGCUUACUCCACCACGGUGCCUCACAGCCAAUCGCACGCAGCAGGGAGUCCUGCUUACUUGGAUCCCGCCCGCUAAUCACACAGCACCGAUCCAGCAUUAUGUCAUGGAGUUUCGCUUGGGGGAACGAUGGGAGGUCCUGGACGACAGCAUCCCCUCAGGCGAGACAGAGAUGCUUGCUCGCGACCUCAUCCAGGAGGCCUGGUAUGAAUUCCGCGUAAUGGCCGUUAUGGAUGACACGAUCAGUGAACCUAGCAACAUAGUUGGCGUGUCCAGUACAGACUUCUUUCCACCUCCUGAGAUGGUUGAGGAAUCAGGGUUGGCAAGGCCAGUUGUGGCUGGCAUCGUGGCCACCAUCUGCUUCUUGGCUGCAGCCAUACUUUUCAGUACAAUGGCAGCCUGCUUUGUGAAUAAGCAGCGGAGGCGGAAGCUAAAAAAGAAAAAGGAUCCCCCACUUUCCAUUACCCACUUGAGAAAAAGUGUGGCAACACCGCAGUCUUCAGGAAAGGCAAGCCCAGAAAGCAUUCGCUCAAAGACAUCCCUAUCAGAAUCAUCUGAGGAUAGUCAUGACCAACAUGGGAAGAAACCACCCCCAAGUCCAGGAAAGAAGGAAGAGUUGUCUCUGUACAAGAAGACCAAAAGAGCAAUAACAAGCAAGAGAUACACCAUCUCUAAGCAUGACGCUGAAGCAACAACACCUAUUGAACUCAUCAGCCGUGGCCCAGAUGGACGCUUUGUCAUUGAUCCCACCGAUGCAGAGUUUUCUGUCAAGACCCGACGAAUAGAGGGUUUUCCCUUUGUGGAAGAAUCUGACCUCUAUCCUGAAUUUCGGCAGUCAGAUGAAGAGAAUGACGAUCUUAGGCCUCUUCCACCAGUUAUGGCCCCCCUCCGGCCUCACCAGAUUUCACCCAUCUCCAGUCAUGAAUCCUUCCUCCAGCCUCCAGCCUACAGUCCUCGUUUCCAGAAGCCCUUUGAAGGUAUGACUAUCAUGGAGAGCAGUCGACUCCAGGCCACAGGGCAGAUUCGAGGUUCUCUCCAGCACAGGGCUUUCUAUGGCUACCUGGGCUCCCAUGGGGAUCAUGAUCAUCCUCCUCCUUUUUACAUGACAGAUACCAGUCCGCUUAGCUCUGUCAUGUCCUCCCCUCCAUACCUGACUGAAGGUCCUUUUGGUUACCCUAUGAUUCCAGAGGAAAUGGGAGAGGGUGAUUUCACACAAUAUGCUGUCUCUGGCUUCCCUUAUCCUCUGACACUGGCUUCUUCCUCCCAUUCACCAGAAUUUUGGCGGGGAAUGGAUUUUACAUUUUCAUCUGUGGAAGGGCCCCAAUUCAUUUUUCCACCACACCACUCCUUGCAUCUCCGCCAUGAUUCUCCCUAUCCACCCCCUCCCCCCGUUCUUCCCCUUAGUGCUUUUCAGACCUCCUCCCUCCCAAUGCCUACCUAUCCAUCUGUGUUGCCACUAGAAGCGCCACAGAGCUACUCAAGCAAAUCACCCAGCAAGGCCAGGCCUCAUGGCUCUCCAGCCAGGCAUUUAGCUAUGCAAGAGGCUCAUUUAGGGCAGCUAAGACGUACAAGCCACAGUACAGGUGUUCCAGUUUUGCCUUACACCAAUCCAAUGGCCCAUAUUGGCCCUAGUACCCUCAGUAGUCUGGAUACCCGAUGGUUUGAAUCUACCCCCCAUUUUAGUCCAAGACAGGCUCGUAGGAUGGAUUCUGGGGCGCAUCAGGUGGUUCUUCAGCCCUCUCGACUUUCCCCUCUCACCCAAAGCCCCUUCAGUUCUCACGAGGGAUCUCCUGAGAUUGUUGUACGUCCCCGGCCACGUCCAAACAUUAUUCAAACUCCCAUACCCCAAGACAUUUCUGAGAUUACCCUCCUACCUCCUUCCACAGUCACCUUCUCAAGGAGAUCUUCCCCUUCUUCCUCACCUGCACUAGGCCAGGGUAGCAGAAGAGCCAGUCCUAGCUAUCGUUCCCACAUGGCCUUUGCUUCAACUGCAACCAGCUAUCCAGCUUCCCAGUCGCCGUCACCACCCAUGGAAAGCAGCAACAUGUUUGGGCAGAUGCCAUCUCACAGGAGAACUGAGGAGGAGAUCCUUCCAUCUGAACCCUCUCCAUCGCAGUUGUCAGCUUCAGGAAAACGUCGAGGCGCGCGGAGUGUCCUUUUGGGGUCUGAGAGGAUUGAUGCUCUGAGAUACCAACGUAUUAGAAAGGCUAAGAAGAUGACAAUGAAUAAUAAUAAUUCCAAGACUAGGAGGAAAGCAGGUGUCUCCACCUCUCAGACCCAGCAGGCCCACAUCACUCAGGUACUUCAGCCCGAAGAAGCGCUCUACCUCCACAGGAAGAAGAAACGGCUCCUCCUUCAUGACCCAUACAAUCGCUUCUCCGCUCUGCUGUACCACCGCCCCCUUCAAGAAGACCAGAAGGCUAUUUUGGCUUGUAUGGAUAACGCAGAACUUGACCAUGCCACCUUCCUCUGAGAACCCACACAAAUUAAGGUCAAAUGUAUGUCGACACAUUUUAAAAUAAUAACUCCUUCCCUUUGUAAUGUAUUAAAUGCUAAGGGGAGGAGCACCACAUUUAAGCAUUAAGAGUUGGUGCACCCUGUUCUUCAACCACUGGUCAAUUCAGCCAUUUAUGAUGGUUUUAUACAUUAAUUAUGACUAUAAAUGAAGUUUGAAUACUUCAAUUAGAUCAAGAUUAAUUUAAACCCGACGACAGUCCCUCCAAUAUCUGAAAAGUUGGGUUAUUAUGUAUGUCUAAAUGCUGGCCUCUGGAAUCAAUGCGCCAAUCUCCCUGUUCGCUCUAUGGUCACAUUUAGUAUUAUUCUAGCAAAUCAAAUCAGAAUGACAGCUGCCAGAGUUUUCAAAAGUUUUUCUCCAGUGCAAAAAGUUAUUUCAAAUAGGCAACACUUGAUCAACAUUUUCUUUGAAAUCACAAUUUUCCUCCUAUUUACAUAUUUAGCCAAUUCAAACACAUUUCCUGCUUGUGUCAUGUUUCCUGUGCUAAGUGAGUAUAGCACCCUAGAAAGUAGUACAGGUCUCCGUUUACAGCCACACCUUCCAGCAGAUCCUCUCUGCCAAGGACCUCUUUAAUUCUGCUUAAACUCAUGAAAAGGGUGUUUUUACUUAUAAUGUAUACCUCAGAGCACAGGACACGGGACCACACGAGACCAACAUAUAGUACAAUUCAACUCAUGACAAAAAUGACUUGACUGUUGGCUUUCCACACAAUGUUUUAUUUAGCCAUGCUGUAUUUAUCAGAAACAAUCAGGCUAUGGCCUUGGUGAGCUUGGACAAGAGGAAGUAAUGAAUGGUAGCUUAUUCAAUCACGCUUCAAACACUCUUUCACUUCUCACAUCUGAGAAGAAUUUGCACUGGAGCAAAAUAGUUCCAGGUCCGUUCAUUGGUGUGUUUUUUCACCACUGUCUCCAGUUCUUCUGCUGUAGGUAAGUGUAGUGGGCGCAAAAUACUAAUCAGAAUAAAUUAUCAAGCCAAAAACAACUUAGUAAAACUAUACAGGAUUUUGUGCCAUAGUACUGGAUUUGCCAACAUAGAGGAUAUAACUGAGAUAAAUGUUUCUGUUUGGUUGCCUGUGUCAUCCAGCCAUCCAAUUACAAUACAGCUUAACCUGGUUGAGGUCGCGGAGAGCUGGAGCCUAUCCCAGCUGAAUGGAGCUUUGGGUGAAAGGCAAGCGAUACCUCGGACUGGGUGCCAGUCAAUCACAGGACACAUAUAGAGACAGACAACCGUUCACACUUACAUUCACACCGUCACAUAGUGGAAACCCUAACCGACUGCCUGCACGAAAGUCAAACAAGUGAACCGCUACACCAUCAGUGACCUGCUGCCUGCUUCACUUCAAAUCCUAAUGUAUUUACUACCGAGCCAUUUUGCUUCACAUAGUAUGAAUGUAAUUUUACAUUUGGUAGCCUUUGUAUGUGGUCUCAUGAUGUAAAUGAGACUAAGAACAGUCACCUAUUCGGAAAUAUGAUGCGAAUUAGAGGCAGCUACAUUUUUACAACAACAGUUUUUGUUUCCUGUCUUUUGUUUAAAUAUUCAAUUUGGAAGCCGUUAAGACCUUUAAAUCUACCCGUUUGACAGACAAAGGAGUGUACACUAUGGGGAUAAAAUGAAGAAAAGGGUGUCAAAAUAUCACAGAUUUAGAUUAUGAUGAUUGUUGUUCUUGAGUUACAGUCAGAAAGACAGCUACAGCACAUCCUUUUUAUUCUUUUAUCUUAUUCUUCAAAAGGUGCUCAUUUAAGAAAAUGUAUAGACACACACACAGUAGAUAGAUAAUAGCUUUAUACAGAUCCGGGGUGUGGAACUGUUUUUGAAAACCGACCAAACGGUUCAGUUCAACUGUUGCUGUUCAGUCCAUAACAUGCACAACUUCUUUUUUCUCAUUUACCAAUGGAGGCGAAGCAAUGUUUAAAGCAAAGUAUCAAGUUAGCCAAGAUGCCGGCACCGACAUGUCAUCUGUGUCAUGCCCUCCAGCGAUGCAGCGGUCAAUCAUAUUGCAGCAGGGCGCGUCAACAAAUACCUUGCAUUGGAAAGAAGAGAUACAGAAUAUGUAGGAGCAGGAGGCUUCCAGUACUUCCAAUUCUGUAUCUCUACAAAGUAAGAUCUCUGGUUUCUAGGCUUGCCCUCUCCAUAGCGAGACGCCCCAGCCGACUAGGCCGUCCUCCCACGGAGCCCGCCGCACACGCCUCGUCGGUGGCCUCUCUGUGCCCUGACUAUGGCCUGCUGACUCAGGCGACUCUGUUAUUCAGAGUUCCCGCGGUGCGCUAUCCGUCGAUCAACGAGUUUCUCCAAGAAGUACCAUGCAAAUGAUUAUGUGAAGAGCAUAAAAUGUGAGCGUCAGGACCGCCUGUCAUUCACAGCUGCCAACGCACGUACGUGCUGCUACAUACGUGCUAAUGCUACGUAGCAAACUUGCUGGAAAUCGCUAUGUUUGACUGACUGAGGUGUUCUGAUUACCAUGGAAAUUUUGCUUCACCCGAGGAUAGCAUAGCAUGCUAACCCCUAUAAAGUGGGAGGCAUAGACACAAACUGUUAUAAUUCCUAUACAGUUUACCUGGUUUGGAUAAAUACUGUAUACCCUCAAAUUGAAGCUCGAAGUCCACCAAUGGUGAUGUUUAGAGCCAAAUAGAUGACAAGUGUGUCCAUGUCCCAAUAUUUAUGGACCUGGCGAAGCAUAUAUCAAUGCUGCUAGAAACUUCAGAACUUGAUGCAUGAGCUGAACUCAUUUUAGAUUAUCAUCAGUAGACCUUUGUUGAACCGAAGCACCUAUUUUACAUGAGCAAAACCUCACGGUAAACCACCAAACAAAAAUAUAAUAAAAAGUAUGAGUACUGAAAUAAUGAUCUUUUCUCAAUUUAGUCACAAAUGUACUCACUCAGUGUGAAAUCUUUAGUUGAACACAAAGCUGAUAUAUUUGCAGGGAGCCAUGACUUGUUCUGUUGUAUAAAUGGCAACAGGUGGAUACACAGGUUUAUUGUACCUUUUGCCAUCCAAUCAAAGAGCAUUUAAUUGUUCUGCCUGUCACUAUAUGCUGCUGGCAUAGACAGAACAACAAAUAUAUAUUUCUCAUUAAUAAACAAUAUUUUAAAUAAUAAUAAUAAUAAUGCUGUGAACAUACUUUCACUUUUAACGUAACUAUACAAGACAUAAUUGAUUUUCCUCAGUCUCCGUGCACUGAACCAAAAACCGUGUUACGAACCGAACCGUGGAUUUUGUGGAUCACACACACACGCUAUACUACCAAAAGUAUUCGCUCAACCAUCCAAACAAUCAGAAUCACUUCCAUGGCCACAGGUGCAUAAAAUCAAGCACCUAGGGAUGCAGACUGUUUUUACAAACAUUUGUGAAAGAAUGGAUCGCUCUCAGGAGCUCAGUGAAUUCCAUCGUGUAACUGUGAUAGGAUGCCACCUGUGCAGCAAGUCGAGUCGUAAAAUUUCCUCGCUCCUAAAUAUUCUACAGUCGACUGUCAGCUGUAUUAUAAGAAUGUGAAAGCGUUUGGGAUUGACAGCAACUCAGCCACGAAGUGGUAUGCCACGUAACCUGACGAAGCGGGGUCAGCGGAUGCUGAGCCACGUAGUGCGAAGAGCUCACCAACUUUCUGCCGAGUCAAUCGCUACAGACCUCCAGACUUCAUGUGGCCUUUAGAUUACGUAGCUCAAGAACAGUGCGCAGAUAGCUUCACGGAAUGGGUUUCCAUAACCGAGGAGCCGCAUCCAAGUCAUACAUCAUCAAGUGCGAUGCAAAGCGUCAGAUGCAGUGGUGUUAAGCAGGCCACCACUGGACUCUAGACUAGUGGAGAUGCAUUCUCUGGAGUGAUGAAUCACGCUUCUCCAUCUGACAAACUGAUGGACUAGUCUUGGUUUGGCGGUUGCCAGGAGGAGGGUACUUGUCUGACAGCAUGUUGCCAAAUGUAGUGUUUGGUGGAGGGGGGAUUAUGGUGUGGGGUUGUUUUUCAGGACCUGGGCUUGGCCUUUAGUUCCAGUGAAAGGAACUCUGAAUGCUUUAGGAUACCGAGAGAUUUUGGAUAAUUUCUAUGCUCUCAACUUGGUGGGAACAGUUUGGAAAUGGCCCCUUCCUCUUCCAACAUGACUGUGCACCACUGCACAAAGCAAGGUCCAUAAAGACAUGGAUGACAGAGUCUAAUGUGGAUGAACUUGACUGGCCUGUACAGAGUCCUGACCUCAACCCGAUAGAACACCUUUGGGGAGGAAUUAGAGCGGAGACUGAGAGCCAAGCCUUCUCAUCCAACAUCAGUGUGUGACCUCACAAAUGCACUUCUAGAAGAAUGGUCAAAAUUUCCCAUAAACCUUUUGGACAACAUUUCCAGAAGAGUUGAAGCCAUUAUAGCUGCAAAGGGUGGGUCGACGUCAUAUUGAACCCUAUGGAUUAGGAAUGGGAUGUCACUUAAAUUCACAUGUGAGUCAAGGCAGGUGAGCGAAUACUUUUGGCAAUAAAGUGCGUCUGUGUGUGUGUGUGUGUAUACAUAUAUACAGACCCUUUCCAAAACAUUUGAAUAUCAUGAAAAAGUUUAUUUAUUUUGAUAAUUCCAUCCAAAAAGUUAAACUUUUACAGAUGAUAGAUUCAGGGCCCACAAUUUAAACAAUUUCAAGUAUUUAUUUGUGUAUUUUUACAUAAUUUGGGCUCCCAGCUCAUAAAACCCACGAAAUCAGGAAUUCAAAAAAAUUCUGUUAAGAAAUCAGCCCAAACUUAGCAGGCCAUAAAUGUUUUAAACUGACUGUCACAUACUCAUCAUCUACUAAACUCAAAGCACCUGCACAGGUUUCCCCAGGUGUCAUUAAAUUGCUUCAGUUUGGUUCAAUUGUCUCAGUUGGGUUCAAUAUGGGGAAGACUGCAGACUUGACAACUGGCCAGAAGACCAUCAUUUAUACCCUCCAUAGGAUGGGUAAGCCACAAAGGUUCAUAGCUAAGGAGGCUGGCUGUUCACAGAGUGCUGUGUCCAAGCAUAUCAAUGGAAAGUUUAGUGGAAGGACAAAACAUGUCAGCAGAAGAUGCACCAACAAAAAAGAUGACCGUGGGCUUCAGCGGAUGAUCAAACAGAGAAGAUUCAAGAAUCUAGCAGGGAUCCAGAAAGAGGGGAAUGAGGUGGGACUCAUAGGUUCAAAAAACACCACAUUCAGACGCAUCCAGAAGAUGGGCUACAACUGUCGGGUUCCUCGGGUCAAGCCACUUCUGAGCCUGAGCCACCGUAGGAAGCGUCUCAACUGGGCCAAGGAGAAGAAGGACUGGACUGUUGCCCAGUGGUCCAAGGUCCUAUUUUCUGAUGAAAUUAACGUGUGCCUUUCAUUCAGAAAUCAAGGUCCAAGGGUUUGGAGGAAGACGAGUGAAGAACAAAACCCAAGCUGCUUGAGGUCCAGUGUGAAAUAUCCAGUCAGUCAUGGUUUGGGGUGCAAUGCCCAGUGCAGGUGUUGGUAAACUUUCUUAAAUCCAAGGUCACCGCAACAGUCUACCAGAAUGUUUUAGAGGACUUCAUGAUGAUCCUUCUGCUGAGGAUCUUUAUUUCAUCUUCCAGCAGAACCUGCCCCUUGCCCCUUUUCGCCAGAAGCACCAAAACCUGGUUUGAUGACCAUGCCAUCACAGUGCUUAACGGGCCUGCCAACUCGCCGGAUCUAAACCCCACUGAGAAUCUAUGGGGUAUUUUCAAGAGGAAAAUUCACCAGAUCCACAAACAAAGAAAAACUGACAGCAGGCAUCAAGGAAAUCUGGGCUUCCAUAACUCCCAGGCAAUGCCAGAGGCUGAUUGCCUCAAUGCCACGGUGCAUCGAGGCACUGAUUAAAGCAAAGGGAUUCCCAACUAAGUAUUGAAGAUUAACUAAUCGUUUUGAAAGUACCAUAUUUUGAUUGAUUUAAUGUGACCCUAAUUUCUUCAAAAACUGAGAAGUAAAUGGUAAUUUCUUCACAGUAUUCUAAUAUUCUGAAUUCCUGAUUUUGUGGGUUUUAUGAGCUGGAAGUCCAAAUUAUGUAAAAAUAAAUAAAGAAAUACUUGAAUUGUUUAAAUUGUGGGCCCUGAAUCUAUAAUGUAUAAAAGUGUCACUUUUUGAAUGGAAUUAUGGAAAUAAAACUUUUCCAUGAUAUUCUAAUUUUUGGGAAAAAGGGUCUAUAUAUAUAUAUAUAUAUAUGUGUGUGUGUGUGUGUGUGUGAUAUAUAAAAUGUUGCGCUUUUAGGGCUUUUUUAUCAUUCAUUGACUUCCUUUUCGUAUUGUGAAGAUUCUAUCUCAGCAGCAAGGCCAACAAAGUCUUCUGAAAUACGCCACAACUACCGUAUUAUUAAAUACAUUUAGGUUUUUUUUCAAGCUUUUUUCUACGCUAAUGUUUAAAAGGUUUUCAAAUGACUACAUCAUCGAUAUUGUCCCUUUACUCACAAAAUAAGUAGUAUUCUAAGGGUAAAAUGAAAUAUUUAAAUAUAUAUUUGAAGUUAAUCGUUUUCAUAUUUCAAAAGUUAAGUGCCUUUAUUUCUGAUUAAUAUUUCCUUAUAGUUUGAGUUUACAUACAAUACAGAUGUGCAUUUUGCCAAACACAAUUUAACAAUGAAUUGAUAAAAAUACUACUACUUGAUGACAGAUUGCAACGUUUACAGGAAAAUGGGAACAUGCACCCUCAAUUGAACAUCUCAAAAUAUCCCAAUUUAAAAGUAUGCUAUCAUUUAUAUUUUACGAUCAAUGUAUCUCAACAAUCCUCGAGCAAGAUUGUACUCAUGAUGCAAAUGCCAGUGUAGAAGUCCUUUGUUGGUGUUGUUGCUUGAUUUUGAAUCACACUAAGAGAAAGAAGGGUCUCGCCUUUGCAACGACAUUUGCAAAACAGAAUGUACUCCUGUGCUGCUUAGUGAACAAGUUAAAUAUGUCAUUGGGACGUCUCACUGGAUUUGAUUCAAGAAAAGUUCUAUUAUGUCCUUUAAGGUAUGAAGGACAUUUGAGUGAAAGACAAACAUUGUGUUAGUAGCCUUACAGUGGUCUGCAAAAGAUGACAGCAUAAUCUUGGAUAAAUAGGCAGGACAAGCACAAUAAAUUAACAAGUUCACAAAAUAAUUCACAUGCUUAGACAUGCAUACUACACAUAAACCUAUGUGAAAAUAAGCAAAAACUGCUAAACAUAAAAGAGGGGACGAAAAUUUAUUUUUAUUGAAUUUGGAAUGAAAUCAUAAUACUAGCAAGUUUGUUGAAUAUGUUGUGUUGGAGUUCUCGAUUUGACUUUGAAUUACAAAACAAACGGUAGCCAACUUUAUCGUAGCUUAUUAUUUAAAGACAAUUAUAUUGUGAAAUUCAGCUUAUUUGUUCCAAAAAAAGCUUUAAUAUUUACUAAAACUGUUUGAACCCUAAGAAAGUAUAGCUUUCUUAAUGGAGCAGGGGGUUAAGAGGUUUAGUUGAUCUGUUACAUUGGGGUCAUUUACAUAGUAUGUUAAUAAUGGAGAUCAGAUGAACAUCCAUCUAUCCAUCCAUUUUCAACACCGCUUAUCCUGGUUAGGAUCGAAGGGCGCCGGAGCCUAUCCCAGCUGACUUCGGGCAAAAGGCGGACUACACCCUGAACUGGUCGCCAGUCAGUCGCAGGGCACACAUAGACACGGACAUUGAACAUUCCCUUCCAAAAUAGUCCAGUACAACUUAAUUCAGUCCUGUCUCCUGCGAUCUAGCUUGUGUUAAUAAACCUAGGGAAUAGGUGAAUCGCUGUGAACAUAAUACUGAUUUUAAUACCACUAUGAGAGCUGCUUUGCGUAGAAAUCACAUUUAUGUCAAGCUUUUCAGAGCCCAACAAGUGGGGGGAAAAAAAAUUGGGGGGGAAAAAGUAUCAUAGUCGGUUGUAUUGUUUAAAAGUUGUGAUUCCUAUGUCUGUCUGUUCUACUUCUAUCUAUGGACAUUCAAUCACACGACUUGAAAAUAAAUCUCAGUACUGUAUCGCUUACGACUUAACCUGAGGAGAUGUAAAGAGCCUGCCUUCAGUCUAAUCCUACUCGGGCUUUUCACAUGCAUUUAGGGUCCAGACGCACUUGUUAUACUGUAUGUCUCACAUGUUUUACGGACUUCAGCCAUGUGCACAACAACAAGUAGACAACCUGGUGCUAACCCAUGCUGCACAAGUAAAACAGUUGUCUCUUACAUAUGAAAUCCUCAUUUACGAUUGUUGGAAAAUGCAUUUUCUCUUUAAUCUAAGUACACUACCUAAAAAUAUGAGGGUAGUCAAAAAGUAAAGAGCCCAAUUUAGCCUAAUACUUGUUUGUUUUCAGACAUUUUCAUGGUUUGUAGUCUAAAUAUUUGUUUCAAAGUUUAUUUAGUUUUGAUUUAGCCAGUCCUCUUCUUGUCAGCCAUUAUGGAAAUGACAUCAUCCUUGGAUGUCUGUCAGAAGCAGUGAGCUAUGAUUGAAAUUAUUGCUUUGGAAGGGGACCCACCACUAAUCAUUUACAAAAUGUGUAUGGGGUUCGGGUGAUGUCAUCAAUGGUGACGCUACGAUCCCCUCUGAUCAGCGUCCCUCGACGCUAGCUCUAUUCCCAAGAUUAACCGCUGAAGAUGGGCUGCCGCUCCUUUGGUUGUCAGAGGCCUUUGAUCCUGGACACCCGCUUUUUGAAUGGGCUGUAACCUAUUGAAGCUUCCCCAUACACAAAUUUGCAACCUUUUGAAAAUGUUUAGUGGUGAUUUGCAUUCCAAAGCAAGAAAUUCACUCACAGCUUUUAAAAAAAAAAAAAAAAAACUUUCAAACAAGUAUUUAAACUACAAACCAUGAACAUUUCAGAAAAACAAUUUUAAAAAAUUAAAAAAAAGUUACAUUAAAUUGGGCUCAUUACUUUUUGAGUGCCCCUUGUAUAAUACCAUGUCAUUGGUGGUUGGUCCAUACCUGUAUCUCGCGUUUUCCAGCAAAAGGGGAAAAAAAUUAUGGCUACCCCCUGUCAAGAAUGAACAGCAGAUAUAUCAGAAUGUGCUCCAUACUUUAAUCGGGACAUAUAUCAAUCUUACACUGGCUGACAAAACAAAGACUCACUUUACAUCAGUGCUCUGAUAAAAGUAACACAGAUGAAAAGUAUUGACAAAAUAGGUAUCACUUUUUGUUUCUGUGUACAGAGAUGGAAAAAAAAAAUUCCAUACUUUCUUUACAAUUUGUAUAUAAUGUCUUAAAUAAGCAUAGCUUGUCUUAUUUUUUGUAGAAGAGCGUAGGGUAUAAUGCACAUGUUGAAGACUUGAUUGGGUUCAGUGACAUAUUAUUAACAUUAUGGUAACAGACCAAUGUCAAAAUGUGAGUAAAGGACAUCCUCCAAAUAUAGAAAUUAGUUUAAUAUAAUAGAGCCAAAAAAUAUAAACAAUCUCUAUAUAAAUAUAACGUAUGUGUAUAUAUAUUUGAGGACAGUUCAUGUUUUAAAAGAAUGUACGAGUCUAUGUUUAUUUUUAUAUCCAUCUGUGCUUUCUAUGGUAGCAGUGCAGUAGAACACAAAUAUGUGACAAAAGAGAAUGGUGCACUCUAAUGGAUUUCACUGUACUGUAUACAAACACAGCAAAAUAUUUUUAUAGCAAUGUCUGCUUGCUAUGAAUAGUAAAUAGUUUGACUGUGGGCCAUCGUCUUCAUUUAAUGGUUCGGCGAUAGUUGUUUUUUUACUCGUAUUAGUUUAUCAUAUCCACUUUUGGGGCUUACGAGAAUGAUGGCACGCUUUCCCAUACUAUGGUGCUCCAUUACUCUGUUGAGUUUCUAUUUGUACUACUGGAAUGGUUUGACAUGCAUGUAUUCACUAUAUGUAACACAGUGAUUCAUGAUGCUUAUUUCAACUGACAUUAGGACUUCCAAAUGUGUUUUAUUCUGCUUUCUGUUGAAGCACGCGCAUGUUUUUUGUGAUUUUAUUUAUUUAUUUAUUUUAACUUGGUUAGUCGAGGCUUUCAGCAGCUUCUUAACUCAACACACUUGACGUCAUUCAAAUCAGUGCUCUACAUUGCCAAAAACAAACAAAAGAAACACAUAAUAUACCUGUACAUUCUGAAAACUGGUGCUAUUUCCAAACAGCUGUGGUGCUUUUUUGUUUAGUUUAUUUUUUUUUUAAGUUCAUUGUAUUUCCUUGCUCCAGACAAAAUGUAGCUACACACUUGUGUGUUGUACUGUAGGACCUUGCCGUGUGUGGUCUUUGCUGUUGUUUCAGGGACAUGGCAGAGUUACAAACUGGCAAAUAUUACAGCAAGGAGAUUUUGAUUUGUAUGCAUUCCUCAUGACCAUUUGCCUUUGGAAUUUAUUUGGGAUAUUCUUGUUCAUUUUCUUGUCAACACGGUCCUUUGAUAGCAUGUGAUGUUACGCAAAUAAUUCAGAUGUGCUCACCAUAAUAACCUUUCGAUGUGUUGAUGACACUCAUUUCAAUCCCCUGCAGUUUGAUAUGGUCAAUGAAAGGCAUUGGAAGUUGUAAUCUCUGCGUCUCCAAAACUCACCACUAGAUGGAGACAGCUCCAUAGUGGGGGGUUGGACAAUAAAUUAAGGAAAUGUCAAA